AAAGAGGGGCCUUGUCUUGCCCAUCGAUCGUAGGAAGAUUACUAUUGUCUUUGCGAAGGAAGCACGCCCGCAGAAUACAAGUUGUUGUCGGAUUCUUCACUGCACUAGGUUCGAGAAGCUUGAUUUGUUUGCUUGUUCCGGUCACCUCGCAUUGGAUGCCGAACAUCAUGGGUGUGAUGUAGAGGAGUUCUAGGUGUGUCAGGUUUACAUUUCCGCGUGUUGUGUGGACUUCUAGUAAGCUAUGACGAUGGGGGUGCUUGCCUACAAUCGUGUACUGAUGUGAUGUCUCGAUUUUGCUCGUCACAUAUAAAGUCCAGCGAGGACGGCGCUGGGUUGCAGUAUUCACUACUACCCUCUACUGCCAUAGCGAUGGAGACUCCUCCUAGCGACUACCGUCAUACAAACGGGGAUUUUGUCAAUGAUACGUCAACAAUUGUGAUCGGGCUACAACCUCCUCCGCCAGCAUCUGCCUAUGAGCGCGCGUUAUGGAGGGCACGAGGUAUAACCACCUCUGAGAUCGAUCCCUCCGAGCCAGGAUCACGAGGGCUGCACGUUGUAACGAAGCGUGUGCCCACUGCAGUUACUGACAGCGGAGACGACUCUACGGAUACAGUCUCUUCCGGUCACUCCAGUCCAGAUCUCUCUACCCAGGGUCUACGGACACCGAUAGAUUCACCGGAUAUUUCUUCUUUAUCACUCAAAGAUGAAGCGGCCGAUAUGUGUCUUUUUGUUCCUAGAGAGCGCGCAUCCCACACCAAUGCCAACCGCUCCGGCCCGAGCAUGCAAUCAUUGGAACCUUCAGAUGCAAUAAUUGAGGCCAAGUUCGCACCUCGAAGCCCGUAUCGCAAGCCCACGCAGACGCAAGGCUAUACAGCUUCGAUCAACAUCCUUGAAGACGAACAUAAUAUGGACUCUGACAAGACUUAUGUGCUCCUGGUUGACACUGCUUGCGAGGAUACGUUUGUCAUGGGAAAAGGGGUCAUGCAGGUUUUGUCUGGUGGACGGAGAGACAAUCAAGGACUCGGAAUGUUAGUUGAGCGAACUAACUGGGACUUGAUCGACAUCAUUCGGGGCAAUGUACACACUGCCAUUCGGAACCCUGUGGAUCCUACGCUCACCAAUAAGGAGAUGGAGGACAGAGGCAACAUUAUUGGAGAAAUAACGUUUCAGGACGGUGGCGUCGCCCAAUUGGCUCUUGUACGGAGCCCGAGAACAUGCAUCCUGUUCUGUUAUGACUGGAAAAGAGAGGCACAAAGCACGGUGUACCUCUACUGGCAGUUUGGUGCUGCCUUUGCUGUAAAUCAGCGCGUCAUGCGUGAUCCUACAAGUGGUAUUCUUGGCUUAGGCCCACACGGGACCCAAAGAGCAUACGAGUCACGUUCCAGCACUCCAGCACCUCCCACAUUCCUAGAGGUAUUGGAACAAAGGCUGUCGCGAAUUCGUACGACUGCUAAUCGACGUGGGGAAACUAUUGCAAUCUACUUUGCCCUUCGUUUAUCCCCUGACUCGGAAACUUACCGCAAUCAUGUUCCCCGAAUCGAAUAUCCCAUACAGUCAUGGAUCUCCUUCAAUGGUUGGCCAUGUACCAACGAGCCUCAGUGGAAUGAGAAGAAGAUCCCUAUUUGCAACCCUGUUCCUCCGGAUGUCAAGCAAUGGAAGGUGUACCUGAAGCGUAUAAAGACCUUCAUCGUCUCGCCGGGCGUAGCACGUCCUGACCUAGCAGCAGAAACUGGCUGGGAAGGCACUACCAUGAACUUCGUGAAUGCUCAGAGGCCCAGUGGAUUGCGUAUAUUGCUCGAUACUGGCUCUAGCCUCUCGUAUUUGCCUUCACCUUAUGUCGAGGACCUCUACGUGAACGUCUAUAAGCGUACGCUCCCUGACGACGUCCGGACCACGCGUGUCACCCCACCGCUACCCGAUUGGGUGGAGCGACGCAAAGUGCAGGUUCUGUACGAGUUCGAGGGAAAACGUGGUCAAAGUGUCGAGGUUUAUGGGCCGUUCGAGAGAUUCUUUUAUCAAGAAAGCCCCACUCGCUCUGGCUCCAAUCGGCUAUUGGAGGGUUUGAUACUCCCGCAAGACCCAGAUGUCGACUUUGGUGUUUUCGGACUGAAUUUCUUCCAGAGCAUGUACGUCUCGCUGCACAAAGCGAAGGACGGUGAACACUUUGUACGGAUGGCCCCCCAAUGGCCCGAGAACCUCGAAACCGACCUGCGUGACUACGAGGUCGAAGGCUUGUCGGCUGAUUAGUGGAGUCUCACGAGUUACGAUUGAUUGUAUUUGUAUCGCAUGAUAGUGAAGUUGAUGUAUUUGUUCGUCUGAAUUACACCAGCAUCGAAUUGAACAGAGACUGCCUGUUGGUUUCAUAGUUGCAGCGACGUCGCGCCCACAAA